AUGGAAGAACUCCCUCUAGGUUACCGCUUCUACCCAACGGAAGAAGAGCUAGUCUCCUUCUACUUGCAUAAUAAGCUGGAAGGGACGAGACAAGAACUGCAACGUGUGAUUCCAGAGAUCAGCAUAUACGACAUCGAGCCGGGGGAUCUUCCACAGCUUUCAGGAGAAUUAUGUCGAGGCAACGCGGAGCAGUGGUUCUUCUUUACACCCAGGCAAGCGAGAGAAGCUAGGGGAGGGCGACCUAAUCGGACUACAGCAACCGGGUACUGGAAGGCCACAGGCUCACCUGGUUAUGUUUACUCAUCGGAUAAUCGAGUGAUUGGAUUGAAGAAAACCAUGGUGUUCUAUAUAGGAAAAGCUCCGACUGGAAGAAAAACCAAAUGGAAGAUGAAUGAGUAUAGAGCCAUUGAAGUUCAUGAAUCGUCUAGAAAUGCUACUUCAAAGUUGAGGCAUGAAUUCAGUUUGUGCCGUGUCUAUGUGGUAUCAGGAAGCUUUCGGGCAUUUGAUAGACGGCCUCUAGAAGCUGUAACAAGAGGGACACAACAUCUUCUUGGGGGGACACAUCUUGGUGAUGCAGCAACUACACCUGCUCAGGACCCUAUAACUGUGGAGAUGACAAGCUCACCUGAAACUUCAUUCUCGGGAGGAGACCAUGUUGAUUACCCAGGGACUGCAGCAAGUGCCAACUGGGGGCUGAUCCUGCAUGGGAAUGACCGGAACAACUGGAUUGGCCCAGCACAGAUAGAUUUGUAACCUGGUCCGAUAAGACUAGGUACUUGUCCCAAGACAGAAUAGGCAUGCAUGAGCCAGCCUUACCUUUAAAAGUAGUAAAUUCGUUUUUGUUCAUUUAAUAGGAGGAAAGUUAAAAGGAAUGAAAAAAAAAAGGGGGGGGGGGGGGGGGUGUAAAAGAAAGAGGGAAAUGCUCAUGAUAUGUGAAAUAGGAGAGCAUUCAGUCUGACAAUUAAGUUGAGGCAUGUAAAUGUUCAAAGUAACCAAGAGAAUUACCAAGUGUAGGAGAAAAUAUCAUUCACUGGCUCUAACCAGUUUCAGCUUUCAA